AUGACUCGCACAUAUGAGAAUGCCAUCUCGGCGCUCAAUUCCCUGCAGACCAACUAUGCGAUUGUAGAAGAGCUUAGGAAGUCCAAAUCCCCCGCAGAUCAGAAUGCGCGCUCACUCCCGGAGACUGUCGAAUGGCUUCGGCGCAUUGGACAUACGCCUUCCGAGCUCGAUCGCAUCAACCCAGUUCAUGUGGCUGGCACAAAAGGCAAGGGCUCGACCUCCUCGUUCAUCUCAACAAUUCUUGCCCAGUACACGAAGCCACAAGCAGACCAGUCGGCUCCCCGACUCCACAAAAUCGGUCUCUUCACUUCUCCGCAUCUCCGCUUUGCUCGCGAGCGUAUUAAGAUUGAUAAUGAACCGCUGUCUGAGGAACAGUUUACUCGCUACUUCUUCGAGGUUUGGGACCGUCUAGAGGAGUCGGCUAGACUGGCCGGCGAGGACCCGACCGCUCGGGGCACAAAGCCUCAAUAUUUUCGCUAUUUGACCCUCAUGGCGUUCCACACAUAUUUGAGCGAGGGCGUCGAUGCCGCGGUUAUCGAGUGUGGAAUUGGCGGAGAAUACGACUGUACCAAUGUGAUCCAGAACCCCACAGUAUCGGUGAUCACAAGUCUUGGGAUCGACCAUGUUGCCAUGUUAGGUGAUACAAUUGACCAAAUUGCCUGGCACAAGGGUGGUAUCAUCAAGCCUGGCGCAAGAGCUUUUAGCGCACCGCAACCUCCGGCCGCUAUCGAGGUACUGAAGAAGCGUGCUGCCGAUAAGGGCUCCAGGCUUGACUUUGUGCCUGCGCACCCUGAUCUUCAGGCUGGCAACAGCCAAGUGAAGCUUGGAUUGGCUGGUGAUUUCCAAUACAAUAAUGCCUCAGUAGCAGUCGCUGCCGCCGCGGAGUUCCUUCGCAAGACAGGAAUUGCAAAAAUCUCAGAGGACAUCAUGUCAGAAACCCUCCCAGCCGAGUUCAAGAAAGGCCUUGAGGAGACCCGCCUCGGUGGCCGAUGUGAAACCCGGUACGAGAAGAACGUGUCCUGGUAUAUCGAUGGAGGACACACAUUAGAGAGCAUUCGACUCGCUGGCCAGUGGUUCGCCGGACGAAUCCAAGCAGAUUCAUCCUCUAGCGACCUUGCGACGAAAAAGACCCGGAUUUUGAUCUUCAACCAGCAGACGCGAAAUAGUACAGCCUUGGCCACUGCACUAUAUGAAACUCUCGCUGCAGCGCUCGGGUCCACAAUGCCCUUCACUCACGCCCUGUUCUGUACCAACAUGACCUACAAGCAAGCCGGCUACCGACCUGACCUAGUCAGCAUGAACACAAAUGCCGACGACGUUGAAUUACUCCGCGUGCAAAAGUCUCUAGCGAGUGCCUGGAACGAGAUCGACCCGUCCGCUCAGACACAUGUGUUCGGUACCAUUGAAGAGGCUGUGGACUUUGCACGAGACGUGGCGGAGCAAGAACGCAAGGUGCUGCAGGAAGAUGAGACACCAGUGAUGACCUUUGUCACUGGUAGUCUGCAUCUGGUCGGUGGCUUCUUGGAUGUCAUCGAGACUAAGCCCUACACUGAGAGCGGCUGA